CAUGAUCAGGGCUGAGGAGUACAUCACCAGGCCUGCAGGCAGCCAUUUGGUAAGGAAGAACCGCCACAUACAGCCUAAAGGCCCUCUGACUGAAUUGGAGUGCCGCUAGCCGAUCGACGACCAUGCAACGGGAGGAGCCUGCUUCUCCGAUUCCGAUGAGGAUAUUCUGCAAGGCGAACACGGGCUUGAACAUGGCCGUUCGAGGCGACGAGGUGCUUCUCGUAAAUGCCGACUCCAACGAUAAAUCACAGCACUGGUUUCAGGACUGCGACGCCGUCGGCAAGGUCACCGAUGAUACAGGGCGCAGGGCAUUCGCGCUGGUGAAUAGGACAACGGGACAAGCCAUGGUGAACGUCCGCGACGAAGACGUGCCCGUGAGGCUGCUUCCCUACAGCGGGCAUGUAGCCGUGCCGAUCUCGAUGCUGUGGUCGCAGGGUGUGCAGCUCGACGGCGGCUUUACUGAAGUAAGAACGCUCAAGGACAUCUCCCUGACCCUCAACGGCUUAAAUGGAUAUGUCAAGCAAGGAACGGUCAUAGGGAUAUAUAGUUCGGAGCCACAUUCCCCUCAUGCCAUCUGGAGGAUUGAUCCCAUUCACACACCAACCAACAUGUCUCAUGAUCGAUCUCUACUGGACGUACCCGAUGUGUAAGCAAAUCUGAUUUAUUUGGAUUUCUAAAUGUAUCCCGUGCCUAUUUGUACUACAUACCACUACAAACCUGAUGUUUACUUUUAACUUCAGCUGAGACUACUGUAGUGAGACAUAUUUAAUUUUAAGAGUUCAGGCACCUCGAUUA